UGUGUAUUCGGCGCAUGACCAUUACGUCAGGUCUAAUCCAACUUCUUUCGGAUCCAGGUUGCAUGCGACUGUGUCGUGCGGUUUCAAAUUGUCGGUGAUAUUAUUUUGAAAAGCACACCAAACGUAAAUUCAGCAAUGGCAGAUUCCAUCGGAGAUAUGCAACGAAACUCCGAGCAUGCUUAUGCCGACGACUUUGAAAGGGUGGAUAAAGUCCCAGAGCAAGACGAGGCGAUAACCACUACUUCGUUCACCGGUGAGGAAGCGGAGGAGGAUCGUUAUGAAUCUGGUACUACAUCAGAGGCGAAUGCCACUAGUCCUCUCCUAAAUUUUGAUGAUGACCUGACACCUCAAGAACCCCAUACUAGAGAACCUUUAAUAAGUUUUGGUUCUCAGCCCGGCCUUGCCGAGCCAACAGCACCCCCUGCACCAACAAGUGAAUUUACAAGUGGGAUGGGGGAGACUAAUCGUGGCUUUGAUUACGAACUCGAACCAGAUACUUCACCAUUCAUACAACCUGAAACAAAAGUAGCCUCAGAACCUGUAUCAGUCUCCAAACCACCGGCAGACACAUGGUUGAAGAAUGUUGACCCAAGAGGACAAGGCAAAUUACGACAAAGUGAUGGACUUGAGAUGAAGCAGCUGUUGAACCUUGUGUACUGGCGUGAUGUGAAGACCACUGGAGUUGUGUUUGGCUCCAUGAUGUUCGUCCUUCUGUCACUCUCCUGUUUCUCUGUGCUGAGUGUUCUGGCCUACCUGUCUCUAGCUGUCAUCACCGUCACACUCAGCUUCCGCAUCUACAAGAAUGUCCUCCAGGCUGUUCAGAAAUCUGGAGACCCACACCCAUUCAGAGUGUACCUGGACCUGGAUAUUGAUGUGCCUGAGGACAAGGCCCAGAUGGCCCUCAAGAAUAUCACAAAACACGUCAACAACACCUCUCGGGAGCUGCGCCGACUUUUCCUCAUUGAGGACCUUAUUGAUUCCAUCAAGUUUGCCCUGUUGCUGUGGGUGCUUACCUACACUGGAGCCUGGUUCAAUGGAAUGACACUGAUCAUCCUCGCUGUUGUGUCUGUCUUUACGCUACCUAAAUUUUAUGAGACUUACAAGGUCCAGAUUGAUAACUACUUCAACAUGGUGUGCUGCCAAGUGGAUGGUGUAAUGAAACAAGUGCAGACCAAAGUACCGUUCUUGAAGAGGAAAGAGAAGGCACAGUAGGAAGUACAGACCAGCACAUGCUUUAGUUACAUAUACAAUUUUUCCAUUAUAGAAAAUUAUAUUUCAAGAUUAAGACUGUGCUCCACAAUAUACACAGACACAGGUGUGGUCACCCUGACAAUUGGACAAGAGUAUAAGAUAUGUCACUGCUGUGUGAUAACCAGGAGCAACGGAAACAGAACAUCAUUUUCCUUGGGAAAAAGUUGAUGUAAAUGUCUUAAUUUGGAUUCACUGUUUAGAACGAUACAAACACAUCUAGUGUGGAACUUCAGAUAUUUACAGCCUAGUUUACCUUGCUCUUGUGGUGGGUUUGACGUGAAACAGGAAUACACUACUUAAAUUGUACAUUUAAUAAGACCUUGGAGCAUUCUUCCAAUAAUAUCCGUAGCUUUUUUGUAUGUAUAUAGAUAUUAGAACAAUCAUAGACGCUAUUUGAAAAAACAUGAAAUCAACGCUGUCAUCUGUAGAUAUUCCACAUUAUAUGUGUUUGUGAUACAGUGAAAACUCGACACACAGGUGACAAGCUGGUGUUUGUCAAUGUGUGUGUAACGUACAGGGUUAAUUUGUCAGUAAACACUUCACACUUUGUAUUUUUUGAGUGUGUGGACGUGUCUAGUCCAUACAAAGCAUGAUUCUUGGUAUGCAAAUUUGAAGUGAAAUGAAAUACAAAAUGCUGACCAGAGAAAUUUGGAAUACAAAACAUUGUUCUUCAGAAAUAUGAAAUGCGAAAAUAAAACCGGGAGGAAGUUAAACCUUGGAUGUACAAAGUUUUUCGUUAACAAUUUCCUCACUGGUAAGUGUGUGUGUUAAUCAGAAUUAUGGGUUUUCCCCCCCAUCUUUUUCCUUUAUAUUUUGCUUUUGAAUGUCAUCCUAAUCGUGAACAACAUAGAAAGAACCAUCACCACCACCACCACAACAACACAUCCCCAUCUCAUCGUCAUGUGUGGUUGGGUAGGACUUCAGUGUCACUAGCUGGUAUCAGUAUUCUUUUGUCUCGCAACUGUCCAGACACGUGUAAGUGUUUUGCAAUGUUUUUUAUCUCCGAUAUACCCAGAAAACAUGUAAUUCUGUUGAAAGGGCUGUCUCCUCAUACUUAAGCAGAUGUUGUUCAGGGUAAAGUGUUUUAGACAACUUUGUACAGUACAUAUAUUUAUUCUCAAAGAGAUAACAUAUAGACAGAAUAAUUUUUGGCCAUUGUGUCAUUUAGUAAUCAAAUACCCAAGGUACUAUAGAAAUAAUACUUAAAUGACAAUAAUAAUAAGAAAUUAUCUAGGAACAGAAUGGGAUUUCAGAGUUAAUAUAUUGUAAUCUGCCACCAGAGGGAGGUAAUCAAGGUGAAUCUGUAAAUUUAGUUAAUGACCACUGAGAGCAAUUCUCAUGUCAUUAACAACACUACCAAACAGAUGUUAGUGCAAAAAAUUACAUUAUAUUUACUGUCGAUGCUUUCAGCCCAAGUCACCCUAAAACUGCAAGUAGUGUCCCAAAGGGAGGGAAUCCAGUAGUGUCCCGUUAAGCUAGCAUACAUCAUUUACAUUAAAGAAUACAGUAAACAUGGAAAAUGUAACUGGGUCCAUAUUAUGUAUCCCAUAUCCUGAGUGUUGUUUUGUGUACUUGUCUGGCCAUUUAUUUAAACAUCAUUACACAAACUUUUAUAUGUAUAUACAUCUAUUAUGAGAAAUUUUCCAUUGUGUACAAAUUAAGAAUAUUGUGUUCAUAUAGUAACUUUUAAAUUAUUAAACAUUAAUUAUUAUAAUAGUUAUGGACCUUUACUUGCUGACAGAGUAGAAGCCAGCCUAUUGUCUCGGCCAACUUGAUGUUGGUCUAGUAAGGUUUUACUGUAAUUAUUUGUUAAUGCAAUGAUCUCUCUCUCUCUUUCUGUCUCUUUCUUUCUUUUUUCCUCUCUAUUUGGAAAUUCAUUAAUAUUUCAUGGUGGAAAUUUUCUCAUUAAAACCGUGAUGAAAAACAAGAAAAAAAUCAUUGGUAGGUUUUGACCAUGGUUAUGCUUUUCUGUUAACCUCCACAAGUUUACUAACAAUCAUGAACACUUGUGAGUAAAGUGUAAUUUGUGAUCGCCUGAUCAUUCAUUUCGCCUGUGUUUGUCCACAUAUUGGUGUUUGCUGUAGUGCGUUCUGUAGGUGAUGUGAGGAUUGUACAAUUUUGUUGUCAGAAUAUUGCAGUAUUGUAAUGAUAUAACUAUGUGUAACAUGACAUUUGGAUAUCUCUUAAAUGAAUAUAUUUUUUUUAGCUCACCUGUCUCUAGGAGCCCUCUGAGCUAAUGCUGUGGCGCAUCAUCCCUACUUUAUCUGAAUAAUGCACUCAUGGUCCUGAACAGGUGCUUAUACAUUUUGGGGUUAUUCUAAAUUCUGAUUUGGUGAGAAAAUAUUAAUUUUCAAUUCCUAGGUAUUCAUUUUAUUCCAACAUUCAGAUGUUUCUGUCGGUGCCUUUAACCAAGUGUUGCUUUUGAAUUCCUUUCAUUAAUAAGAAAUCUGAGAUGGCCAUUACAGCUUUAAUUAAGCAGAAACAUUUCAACUUUUAACAUUUUUGGCUCGGAUAACGAAAGAAAUUGGUGAGCUAUACAGGGCCCAUGGACCUCCUUCCCUUGUAACCAUGAACAAUGAAAUACUAGAAACUCAAAAUUGGUGACAUUUACAUUUACGUUUGUUUCAAGACAAGAAUAACACAAGUGGCCUUUUCGUAGGAUAUUUGUUAUCUGUUUUGUCUUAACAUUAGAAUAAAACUUUCCCUUUUCGCUUCUAUGGAAAUGUGCAAAGAAAUUUGUAUGCACUAAAGAAACUGUCUUUCUUUAAAAAAAUGCAAAAGUUGUUCUGAGCUAUUUAAGCCAAUUAAUGAUAUAUGACUAUGAUAUAAAGGCAGAUCUCCUUUUUUGCAAGAAUUUAUUUACGCACGUAGAAUUAAUCAGUCAAAGUUGGAAAUGAUCUGACAUUUGUAUUUCCCCUUCUUCCAUUGCCACUACUUAAAAAGUCAUGUUGAGACUUGGAAAAGCUUUCAUCUUGAAAAAUUCAUCGUACGCAUAUGAACAAAAACAAAAAAUAUUUUGAGAUGUUUCUAAUAACUUGGUUUGGUUGAUAUGGUCUGAAGUAUUUUUGUUGAUGAAGAUAUUUUGAUGAUAUUUUAACAAAUCGACCCAUGCCAGACCGUGAAUAUUUCUGGUUCUAUUCCAAAUGCACCAAGUGUAUCCCACAUUGUUUUCUUAAUAGUGGUUUUGUGUGUCACACAUUUUUGACUGAAAGUGUGCCGUUUGCUACCAAUUCUGUAUGUGUUGCUUCCAUUGACUACUAUUAACCAGUCCUACUGUACGAUGUUACCUGUAUUCUAGUGUUUAUGCAAUAUUGUGAUACUUUGUUAACUCCUGUAAUGCCAGGCUUACAACUGUAAGCUUUAAUUUGUACAAGAUAAUGAUAGCUUGUGACUGGAGUCAAUACAGUUCAUCUUUAAUUAAAAGUGAAUGUUA